AUGGACGUGAUUGACGACGCACUCUCAUUGCCAGUCCUCCCGAACACCGAUUCUAACCUCGUAUCCACACCGCAGCACGCCCCGCAACAUUAUGACUUGUUGGGAAUGUCUGAUGUUACAGGGUUCCGAAAUACAACCCUUGUAGAGCACCCUGACUCGUCCCAGUGUCUGCGACUGCUAAUGCAAUAUCCAAUGUUAUUAAUGAGAGAUGAUUUUUACUGCCCAUUUGCACAUCGGAGUCUCUUCAGCGAAGACGUGCCCGACAUGACCGUCCUGGCUCUGACGCCGGUUGCAAUCUGCUGUGCAAGUGGAUUGCUUUCGAAGCAGGGUGCACCUUUUGUGAGACGCACCAUGGACGCCCAACGGCAUAGUAUAAUCGAAGCAUAUCCCAACUACGACUGCAUGGAACAAUGGGACGCCCUGCAUGCCAUGCUCCUGUACGAGAUCCUGGAUCUUUCCCCGGCUGACGAGGGAAAUCGCUGGAAGCCACGCCCUCGUGGUCUUAUCAAGGCCCCAUUCCUGGCUCGAAUGGCCCGGGGGUACUCGGAGAAGUAUGCAGAAACAUACGAUGCCUCUUUGUUGCCGUCUGCUGGCACCUGGGCUAAAUGGGUUGUCGCUGAAAGCGCCCGGCGCACCGUCUUCCUGGCCAAUAUCGUCAACUUCCUGAGCAACCGUGACAAUCAAUCCAAGGGUCAAUCGGUGUACUAUCAGCCACUCGGUGAUGAGUUGAUCCUGAAAAUGCCUCUACCAUGCUCGCAGAAUCUCUGGGCCGCUCGCACAGAAGAAGAGUGGGAGAAAGAAAUUGCCACUGCGCCGAACCUUAGCGAUCCAUUUUCGGUCUUCACGGACGUUGAGCAUACUUGCCAGUGGUCACUGCGGUCUCUUUUUUCAGUCAUUAGCAAGAAUGAUCUCCGCGUGAGGGCACAAUCCACCGCUGGGUUUGGUGACUCCAACCAGCUGCGAGCUCUUAUUGUUCUCUGUGCAUUGGAGCAGUUUUGCUAA